GUCGGCCCGGCACGCACGGAACUCGAGUUUUACGCGGAGCUUGGGAACUCUCGACUGGGGGAACCUUCACUGCCAGGGCAUGUUUCCGCGGCUCAGCCGGCGCUGAGGCCAACGGAAGUGGCAAAGCCGGAGCUCCGGGUGGGAAGCAAGUUGAAUCACCCUGGUGACGGGAGGGGCUCGGAGCAACGCCCUUUCCGCCGGAAAUGGGUUUCGGGGCCUCCACGUGCUGUCCCUCCCCCGUCCCGACCCAGUAGUGGCUCCUCGGCUGCUGCCAUGGAGCCCGCCGGCCUGGAGCAGAUCCUGCGGGAGCUGCUGCUGCCGGACACCGAGCGUAUCCGCCGGGCCACUGAGCAGCUCCAGACCGUUCUUCGGGACCCGGCCGCCCUGCCCGCGCUCUGCGACCUGCUGGCCUCCGCGGCCGAUCCUCAGAUCCGCCAGUUCGCGGCAGUGUUGACCCGCAGACGACUGAGCACCCACUGGCGACGGCUGACAGCUGAGCAUCGGGAGAGCCUCAAGUCCCUGAUCCUGUCGGCCUUCCAGAGGGAGACCCAGCACUCUGUGAGCCUUAGCCUGGCCCAGCUCUCAGCCACCAUUUUUCGAAAGGAAGGCCUGGAGGCCUGGCCUCAGCUCAUGCAACUUCUUCAGCACAGUACCCACAGCCCUCACAUACCAGAGAGAGAGAUGGGGCUUUUGCUGCUAAGUGUGGUGGUGACCUCCCGGCCUGAGGCCUUCCAGCCCCACCACCGGGAGCUUCUUCGGCUUCUGAAUGAGACCCUCGGUGAGGUGGGCUCUCCUGGGCUCCUCUUUUACUCCCUGCGCACGCUGACCACCAUGGCCCCUUACCUGGGCACUGAUGACGUGCCUCUUGCGCGGAUGUUGGUGCCCAAGCUCAUUGUGGCCAUGCAGACUCUGAUCCCUGUAGAUGAGGCAAAGGCCUGUGAGGCUGUGGAGGCCCUGGAUGAAUUGCUAGAGUCAGAGGUGCCCAUCAUCACCUCCCACCUCUCUGAGGUCCUCACAUUUUGCCUGGAGGUGGCUAAAAACGUGGCUCUGGGUGAUGCAAUACGUGUUCGUAUUCUCUGCUGCCUCACUUUCUUGGUUAAAGUCAAGAGCAAGGCUUUGUUGAAGAAUCGUCUUCUUCCACCCUUACUACACACCCUUUUCCCCAUUAUGGCUGCCGAGCCCCCACUGGGCCAGCUGGAUCCUGAAGACCAGGAUUCAGAAGAGGAAGAGGUGGAGAUUGGGCUGGUGGGGGAGACUCCCAAGCACUUUGCUGUACAGGUCGUGGACAUGCUGGCACUACAUUUGCCCCCUGAGAAGCUCUGUCCCUUGCUGAUGCCCAUGCUGGAAGAGGCCUUGCGGAGUGAGAGACCGUACCAGCGCAAGGCUGGGCUCCUGGUGCUGGCCGUACUGUCCGAUGGAGCUGGUGACCACAUCAGACAGAGACUGCUGUCUCCACUGCUGCAGAUCGUGUGCAAGGGCCUGGAGGACCCAACACAAGUUGUGCGCAAUGCUGCAUUGUUUGCCCUGGGCCAGUUCUCAGAGAACCUACAGCCCCAUAUCAGCAGCUAUUCAGGGGAGGUGAUGCCACUGCUCCUCGCCUACCUGAAAUCGGUGCCUUCUGGGCACACAAACCACCUAGCCAAGGCCUGUUAUGCCCUGGAGAAUUUCGUGGAGAACCUGGGGCCUAAAGUGCAGCCCUACCUUCCGGAGCUGAUGGAAUGUGUGCUGCAGCCUCUGAGGAAUCCCAGCAGCUCCCGGGCCAAGGAGCUGGCUGUGAGCGCCCUGGGGGCCAUUGCCACAGCUGCCCAGGCCUCCCUGCUGCCCUACUUCCCCACCAUUAUGGAGCACCUGCGGGAAUUCCUGUUAACUGGCCAUGAGGACCUUCAGCCUGUGCAGAUACAGAGCCUGGAGACACUGGGGGUGCUGGCUCGAGCAGUGGGGGAGCCCAUGAGGCCCCUGGCUGAGGAAUGCUGCCAGCUAGGGCUGGGCCUGUGUGACCAAGUAGACGACCCUGACUUGCGGCGCUGCACGUACAGCCUGUUUGCAGCCUUAUCAGGGCUCAUGGGUGAGGGCCUGGCGCCACACCUGCCACAAAUCACCACACUUAUGCUGUUGUCACUGCGUUCCACUGAAGGCAUUGUGCCUCAGUACGAUGGAAGCGCCUCCUUCCUUUUGUUUGACGAGAGCGAUGGGGAGGAAGAGGAGGAGCUCAUGGACAAGGAUGAGGAAGAGGAGGAGGACUCAGAGAUCUCAGGGUACAGCGUGGAAAAUGCCUUUUUCGAUGAGAAGGAAGACACCUGUGCUGCUCUGGGGGAGAUCUCCGUGAACACCAGUGUGGCCUUCCUUCCCUACAUGGAGACUGUCUUUGAAGAAGUAUUCAAGCUGCUAGAGUGCCCUCACCUGAACGUGCGGAAGGCAGCCCACGAGGCCCUGGGUCAGUUCUGCUGCGCACUGCACAAGGCCUGUCAGAGCUGCCCCUCAGAACCCAACACUGCAGCUCUGCAGACUGCCCUCGCCCGGGUGGUGCCGUCCUACAUGCAGGCAGUGAAUGUGGAGCGGGAGCGCCAGGUGGUGAUGGCCGUGUUGGAGGCGCUGACGGGGGUGCUGCGCGGCUGCGGGCCCCUCGCAUUGCAGCCCCCUGGGCGUCUUGCUGAGCUCUGCAACAUGCUCAAGGCGGUGCUGCAAAGGAAGGUAGCUUGUCAGGACACCGACGAGGAGGAAGAAGAGGAGGACCAGGCUGAGUAUGAUGCCAUGUUGCUGGAGCACGCGGGAGAGGCCAUCCCAGCCCUGGCAGCUGCAGCCGGGGGAGAUGCCUUCGCCCCCUUCUUUGCUGGCUUCUUGCCACUGCUGCUGUGCAAGAUGAAGCAAGGCUGCACAGUGGCAGAGAAGUCUUUUGCAGUGGGGACCCUGGCGGAGUCUAUUCAGGGCCUGGGUGGCGCCUCAGCCCAGUUUGUGUCUCGGCUGCUCCCUGUGCUGUUGAGCACCGCCCGGGAGGCAGACCCUGAGGUGCGGAGCAAUGCCAUCUUUGGGCUGGGGGUGCUGGCAGAACAUGGGGGCCGCCCCGCUCAGGAACACUUCCCCAAGCUGCUGGGGCUUCUGUUGCCCCUCCUGGCACGGGAGCGCCAUGAUCGCGUCCGUGACAACAUCUGUGGGGCACUUGCCCGCCUGCUGAUGGCCAGUCCCACAAGGAAACCGGAGCCCCAGGUGCUGGCUGCCCUGCUGCAUGCCCUGCCACUGAAGGAGGACUUGGAGGAAUGGGUCACCAUAGGGCACCUCUUCAGCUUCCUGUACCAGAGCAGCCCUGACCAGGUUGUAGAUGUGGCUCCUGAGCUCCUGCGCAUCUGCAGCCUCAUUCUGGCCGACAAUAAGAUCCCACCAGAUACCAAGGCCGCAUUGCUGCUGCUCCUGACAUUCUUGGCCAGACAGCACACCGACAGCUUCCACUCAGCACUGGGCUUGUUGCCUGGUGACAAAGCUCAGGAGCUCCAGGCCGUCCUGGGCCUCACCUAGACUGAGUUGCAGCCGGGCCAGAGAGAACAGAGCCUGCCCAGACCCCGAGAGCACCUCUCAGCCCAGUGCAGCUCACGCCUUACCAAAGAUUCUGGGCCUCGUGGCCAUUUGGAAUCUCAGCCCUGCCCGCUGCCCUGCAGAGGCGUCUCUGGAUGUGUUCUGCUGUGGAACAACACGAAUGGAGCCUUGACAUCCUACCCUAAAUAAAGGCAGUUCAAUUUCUGCUUGAAAAACAGUAGCUCUGACAGCAGAAAGCACGGAGAUAGAUGUUCAGAAAUGAGGCAGGCAAGACAUAUUUAAUGUAACCAGUAUCCUGGCAGCUUGUGAAUUAGUUCUAACCGCAGUGGAAUCGGGGCCCCGGCUGCAUCAGGAGGCGCCCGUACGGCUUCUCUUGUUCCACGCGAAGGAUCUGUUGUGCUGCAAGCACUGCUCAAGGGGAGAAGACAGGGCCAGUCAGGGGGAGUCCGCGUCAGGCCUGUGUGUCCUCGUCCCCCACAUUGCACCUCGUGCCCACACUCACCUAGCAGCAGAUAGAAGGCCCGGGCAGCCACCCUGCGAGGGCUGAGAGGGGACACCAGGCUGCUGAAAUCGGGCUCCCUGUUGGCCUGCAGCUCCUGUGCCACUGCCCUGUAGGGAUCAAGGACUGUCAGCUGAAGUCUCAGCCUGGGCCCGCCCCACCGAGACACCGUCUGUCUCCCUGAUACCUAUACACAGCCUCCAGCGACAGCAGCUCAGGCUCCAGGGGCAGCUCCAAAGGCAACUCCAUAGGCACUUCAGGGAGUUCGGGUACCACAGGCAGUGCAGGGGCCUCUGGCUGCUCUGCCUCGGCCCAGGCCCUGGGAGAACAUGGGAGUCAGGUGGAACAGGGAAGGUGGCAGCUGUGACAGCAACAAGGGGAAUAUUUGAGUUCGCCAGGGCUGGUGGCUUACCACCGUUCUUCUGAAGGGAUGAGGCUGAUGCGGGUCUUCUCCUCCUCGGCCGCUUCUAGAGAGAGUUCUGUUGGGGGAGGGGGAGGGAGAGGUCGUGAGUGGAUCUGCUUAGAUCUGAGCAGGCGGGACCUUGAGGCCACCUGGUUGACCCAGGAGCCGUGGCUGUGCAGUGACUUAUUAAAAGUGCCCAGUGGGAGAGCUGAAGAGAUCUAUGCUCCCUCAUGUUAAUCACUCCCUUCUAAUAAGAGCAUCGGGGUACCAGUUCUCCGGGACCGGGGCUGGGGUGGUGGUCCUCUCCCUUCUCCAGGUACCUACCUGAAGACAGCAUGAGGGGCCCGCUGGGCUCCUGGGCCUCUCUCAGGACCUGGGGGUGGGAGAGCGAGAACUAAGACCCCGAGUGUCAGAAACAUCUGGGGUAGGGUGAAGCAGUCCCAGCCCUGACCUGGCCUGCACUAGGGGAUGGACCCAGCACCAAUGGCUCCCAUGGGGGUGCGGCGGAGAAGGCAGCCUCUUGACGAAGGAGGAAGGGUACAGUUACCUCAAUAUCGCUCAGAGCUUCAGUCCUCCUCCUUUCCUCCUCAGCCUCCUCUUCAGGCUCCAGGGGUGGCCUUCGCCUGAGUGCUUCUGGGGGUGGCUGGGCACAGCGGGUCCAGAAAGACAGCAGUUCUGGGGGUAACCAGCCAGCUGGGGAGGGGGUGGGCAGUGGGGAUGGGGUCUGAGGUGUGAGGAACACCAAGUGAGGAAUGUGGGUUCAGAAGAUCCCACAUGCCAACUCCCACCGCUCCUUACAGUGAGUUGGGGUUUGGAAUAGCUCCGUGGGGCUUCUGAUGGUCCUCUCAGGAGGCUGCACCUUUGGCUGCACGGCAGGGAGGGCCAGAAGCCCAGUUAGGAGAGAGCCACUCUCCCCGCCCCUCCUCCACUUCUUUGCAAUACUUUGUUCCAAGGCCUCUGACCUUCCAACUCUCAGGUUCAUGCCCCUGCUUGCCCCACUCACUACUAACUGGGGCCUGUGGAUAUGCUAGGUGGGGUCACUCAAGGAACACAGAGCUGUGUAUGUUCAAACCCCCGGAACACGUGCACUUUGGGGAUUGUUCCCUGUGUAACCCCCCCCAUCCCCCCAGAGUUUAGAAGGCCCAGCAUGCGUUGCCCCAGGCCCGCCCUGCCUCCCUCCAUCCCCAGCAGAGCCUAGGCUGCACUCACACACUCCCAGCAGUGGGCUCUGGUUUGCAGUUGUUCCCGGAAUUUCUCCCGGGAAAUCUGAGUCUCCUUGUCCCAGAACAGUAACUGGCGGCGGCGACGGCGACGAGCAGGUGGGCUCACAGGAUAUGGGGCAACUGGGGGCCUCCUCUCCUGAGUCGGAGGGGAAGCGGGGGCAAGGCUGCCCAUGAUUCCCUUUCCCACCACCUUAGUGGUACAAGCCCCAUAUCCCCACCCCAGAGGUGCCCCGAGAAAGAGCUGGACACGGCCUCUGAGUACAUGCAGUUCCAACCUCAUGUGAGGGGCCCAGCUGAGAAGGGCAGUCUAGAUAAAUGGAGUGUGAGCAGGGGUACCUUUUACCCAUUUGCCCAAAGGCCCAGGCAGGCUAGCAGUGGCCCAGGGCUUGGGGAAGCCGAAUACAGAUGAGCAGCUCUGGGAGGGGAAGAGACUUGGAAGGGGCACUACUCACCUCUGGGCUGGGAGGGGCUGGCAGACGCAGCUCUGGUGGAGGGGUCACCUCUGCAAAAACACUCUAGGUCCUGGCUCUGCCACACAGCCUUUGCCCUUACAGUCACCCAGCCACCAGCUAGAAGGCCUCCCUUCAGCAAGUUGGAAUCCAGGGCCCUUGUGUGCAGUAGCUGUACAGGCACGAUGGGCACUCACCAGUAAGUAGGGCCUCAGGCUCCCAGCCUGCUGGCUUCGGUUCCUCGGGGACUGGGACCGGAAGUGGCUCUGCUGCCCCUUCCACCCUGAGGGAAAAUGGGUGAAAAAUGAAGACACCUCUCCCAGCACUGACCCCCUACCUGGCCCAGAGGGUCCUGCCCUUACUGUGCAAGAGCUGGAGGUGAAAGCGAGGGUAAUAUGGUGUCUCCCUCCAGGGCCCGGGGCUCCUCCUUGUACUCUGCAGAGAGAAGAUCAGGUCUCAGAGCACAGAAGAGAGGAGAUGGGAGCACUGCCCAGGCCCAGACUGCCCAUGUCAGGGCUCUGACCAUCCAGUGCCGCACGGGCCAUAGGCAGCCAGAUAGGCCUACCUUCACGUUCCUCUAAUAAGAUAGCUUCUUCUUCCUCGGCAAUCAGCAGCUCCAAGUCUCGCCGGCUGACCUCCGGAAGGUCCCGUUCACCCUGUCCAAAGAGGGAGAGUAAGGAGAGGGGAAAGAGGACACAGUUCCAUUUCUGAAAAAGGCAAGUGGAUCUAGGAGACUGGGUCUGAAAGACAGGCAGCAGGAGGCCCACUGGGCGCUCAAGGAACAGGGGCAGGGAGUGGUGAAAUGGAAACAAGAAGGCAGGACUCGGGGCAGACAGGAGUGGAUAAAUGCAAGGUGGGCUGGGCCGCCAGAGGCAGGCCUCAGGCCCCACUGUAGGGGUACAACUCACCUCAAUCUGCAGCAUGCGUAUGGGCUCUGCCUCUUGGAGGGUGAUGGCCUCUGGGGACAGCACAGUCACCGGGAUCCUGUCUGGAGAGGCAGGAAAGUCACCCCAGCCCCUCUACUUCUUUCCAGGUUCCCACCCCAUGUGGUGAGGCAAAAACAUGGACUCUACAAUCAAGUCAACCUGGGUUCUGGUCAGGCCCAGGCCAGUCACUGCCAAUCUGAACCUGACUAUGCUGCUUAACCACUAGGGGCCUCACUUUCCACCUCUGUAAAAAGGGGUAAGAUUCUGAUCUCAUAGGACUCCUGUGAAGCAGAGAUGAGGUUACACAAAGGGCAUGGCCCUUAAGAGAAGCUCAAUGAUGGUCAUUUCUUCAGUUUUGGGGCCUUCCUAUGCCUCUCCCCGGAAAGAACCCUCUCUGCUCACCUGGCUUCGUUGGCUCCAUAGGGACUUCAGGAGGGAUCUCCUCAAGAAGUCUCUCUGGGGUUGCAGCCUCAAGAAGGUGUCGAAUCUUUGGGGAGGAUUGGGGACAAAAAGGAAGGGUUCAUCUUUAGCUGCUGUUUUCUCACUUCCACAGCCUUAUUCAGACAAGGGACGAAAAUAUUCCUUCAUGCCUAAGCCCUGUGGCACUGACAGUUGUAUGCGGUGAACUCACUCACCAUAUGCACGCCUUUCCUCCCAUUCCUGCCAUUAUCUACUCUUUGUCCAUCUGUCUGUACACGAAGCACUGCACCCUUAUGUCAAGUGUUGUUGGGGACAGAGGAACAGAAAAGAUUCCUGGUCUUAAGGAGCUUAUGGUCCAACAUGAUGACAGGUUUGUAUAGGACCUGGGCAAGAGUCAACACAAAGGGUGAAACAAGCCCCUUAGUGAUGCGCUGAGUUCCAAAACAUUUGGUUCUGGCCAGUGAUAAAGUCUCAUAGAAAAGGAUAGUAUUUGAGCCAGGUCUGUUAAGGAUGUGUAAGACUUAACUAGUAGAAAAUGAGGAUGACCCUUAUGGACUAGGGAAAAAGCACAAGCAAAGAAGUGAACAUGGCAUCUUUGGGACAUGGGGGCCAGACCAGUGUCUGGGAGCCAAAGAUGCUUAAGGGAUAUGCUAAGAGACAGUAGCUAGUUCUAGACCUGGGCAUGGAGAGCUCUAAUGCUAGUACUCUAUCUGCAGUGGGGAGCCACAGGAGGUGUCUGAAGGAAGGAAGUAGCAUUGUAUUAAGCUGUAGAGGUGUUAGAAUGUGGAUAGAGGAGGACAUAGAUAGGGAAACCCAGGGCUGAGAAACAAUGAGGGCCUGGAUUAGAGCCUUGGCAGUGGGAACUGUGUGGAAAUAAGUUCGGAUAAGAGCUGCUUCUAAGUUGGCCUUGAACAGACAAGUGGAAUGGGUUUUGUCUGGGUGGGUCCACCACGACAGUCCCCCUGAGCUGUCUCUGGGGAGCCCUACCUGAGGGAUACUGAAGGGGCUGGGAAGUGUGGGAUCCACAGACAUCAUUCCAAAAAAGGGGUCUGGAGCAUCUUCCAGGGUCUCCAUCAUGGCCAGGCGGUUAGGAAGCAGCAGGCUGGGUCUGAGAGAGAGUGUGGGCUGUCAGGUACUGAGCCAGAGGGCUAAGGUUGCCCUCUAAAGGCUAAAGGGCAGGGGUGGGGGGUGUCGGGUGGCUCAGUCAGUUAAGCCUCUGACUUUCGGCUCAGGUCAUGAUCUCACAGCUGGUGAGUUUGAACCCCGUGUUGGCCUCUGUGCUGACAGCUCAGAGCCUGGAGCCUGCUUCAGAUUCUGUGUGUGUGUCUCUCUCUGCCUGUCCCCUGCUCACAUGUUCUCUC